AUGUCAUCUACAAAUCUUGGGCUCGCCCUUGUGACCCCUGCCUCGAGAGGGCUGGGGUUCGCCUUCGCACGACAGCUGUUGUCACACACGGACCUACCCGUUCUCGCGACUGCGCGGAGGAAUAGCGGAGAAGUCCGGGACAGAUUGCUGGAUGGAGUCAAUGAUCGGUCGGGGAGGGCUGAAAAGAGACUGAGGGUGUUCGAGCUUGACGUGACCGAUGAGACGACGAUACAUGCGAUGGCCACACGGAUACGAGACGAGUAUCCAAAGGCUGCACUGCGUAUCGCGAUCACUGUGCCCGGUGUUUUGCAUGUUGAAAAAUCCCCGACACAGAUCGAUGCGGCCAACGCGUUGCACAGCUUCCAAGUCAACGCCCUCGGUCCCAUGCUCCUGAUGAAGCACCUGGUCCCCCUUUUGCCGACCAAGUCAUCGACUCCGUUCGCGGAAGAUGCAUCAUCAUCAUCGGCAUCAUGGACACUUCCAUCGCAUGCGAUCUAUGUCAUGAUGGCGGCACGAGUGGGGUCGAUCUCCGACAAUGCAAGUGGCGGUUGGUAUUCCUACCGUGCUAGCAAAGCAUCGGUCUUUCAACUGGCAAAGACAUUCGAUCUGUACCUGCGCACUCGGAGCAGGGACCGGGCGAUAGCGGUGGCGAUGCACCCUGGAACAGUCCAGAGUGACUUCACGAAGGAUUACUGGGAUGGGAGAGAGAUGUUGCAGCCGGAGGAAUCCGCAGCGCGGCUGUUGCAGCAUCUAUGUGCGAUGGGGACAGACGAUGGCGACGGACGAGGUCGGUGUUGGGAUUGGAAGGGCAAAGAGGUUCUGCCCUGA